GUGCUUGUUAAACCAAAACAGUUGCAUAAACUAUUACAUUUUUUCCUAUUAAAUGAUUAUUUAUAAAUUUGACAAUUACUACGCAACCCUAGUUUUUAUUACUGUGUUGAAUAAUUUGUAAGUAAAUAACAUUUGUAGGUUUUUGUAGGAGAAGCCGGGACAACGCCCUCUGCUGGUGCAACAUGACAGCUUCAUUUCUAGAGUUGUUUACUGUCCUCAUUCAUCAGUGUAAGAUCUUCUUCCUCAUCUUUGUCAUCCUAAAUUAUCCAUGAGCUCUCUGUCCCUCCUCUGAUCCCUCCUUCCAUAACUCCUCCUCUACUCGUUCUCCCCUGAUCCCUCCUGUCAAACUCCUCCUCCUCCUCAGUUUUGAACCUUCAGCUCUGUUGUUACAUCUGGACUGCUCAUGUGGGAUGUUCAGGUGUCUUUAAAGCUGCUGGAUUUCUUUAAUUGUUGUGUUGGGAAUAAUUUGGGAUCUGAUGGGAUAUCAGAGGAGCUUCUGGCGUAGUCUGGCUGGAGGAGGAGGAGGAGACGUGGCUGUGGUGAGGUGUUCAUGUUCGAAGGAGGAGGUGAAGAUCUCCUUCAUCAGGGACGAGUGGCAGCUCAGACGAAUGUUUAUACGGCGCCGGUCUGGUGGACGCUCAAGUGGACUCUCGGUGCCUCUGCUCUUCAGAUAUUUGUCUGAACUGUUAGCGGAUGGCGAGUCUCCCCGCCUGUCCACCGCCUCCAUCAGCAGUGAUGAGCGCGCUCCAUCGGCCUCGCCCUCCGACUCCACCGACCUGAAGGGUUCGGGCCGGCGCCCGGUGAGCCUCAUCUCCACCCUGUCCUCAGGUUCCGGAUCCUCCAGAGACGAUAACCUCACCCCUCACCAGCUGUCUGGGGCAUCCUCUGACACCGACCUGAACCAGAACCUGAGUCCUGCGAAGGGCUCUUCGGACAAGCCCCCAGCCAGCCCCCAGCCUGACAGGAAGGGGCGGAGCUUUGUUCACAACAAGAACAACAACAACAAAGCGUGGACGACAAGCCGGGCCUCGACCUAUCGGCAGCAGCCCUUCAUCAGUGGCACAAUGGCGCCGAACCCUCAGCUGACCUACCUGGACCGCGUUGUCAUGGAGAUCAUCGAGACGGAGAGGAUGUAUGUCAGAGACCUGCGCAUGAUCGUAGAGGAUUACCUGGCCCACAUCAUUGAUCAGUCUGAUCUGUCAAUCCAUCCUGAGCAGGUCUGCGCUCUCUUUGGAAACAUUGAGGACAUCUAUGAGUUCAACAGUGAACUGCUGCAGGAUCUCGACAUGUGUGACAACGACCCUGUCGCCAUCGCCAGGUGCUUCGUCAUGAAGAGUGAAUACUUUGAGAUCUACACGCAGUACUGCACCAACUACCCAAACUCGGUGGCGGCACUUACGGACUGCAUGAGAAAUAAAUCUCUGGCCAAGUUUUUCCGGGACCGCCAAGCAUCGUUGAAGUGCUCGCUGCCUCUGGGUUCACAUCUGCUCAAACCUGUUCAGAGGAUCCUCAAAUAUCACCUUCUGCUCCAGGAAAUUGCGAAGCAUUUUAACCCAGAGGAGGAGGGUUAUGAGGUGGUGGAGGAGGCCCUGUACACCAUGACGGGGGUGGCUUGGUAUAUCAAUGACAUGAAGAGGAAACACGAACAUGCUGUCAGACUGCAGGAGAUCCAGUCACUACUGCUGAACUGGAAAGGUCCUGACCUCACCACGUUCGGAGAGCUGGUUCUGGAGGGAACCUUCAAGGUUCAUCGUGCCAAAAAUGAGAGAACGCUCUUCCUGUUCGACCGCAUGCUGCUCAUUACCAAACGUCGCGGAGAGCACUACAUCUACAAGACACACAUCUCUUGCUCCACUCUGAUGCUGAUCGAAAGCUCCAAAGACUCUCUGAGCUUCAGCGUCACACAUUACAAACACCUCAAACAGCCUCACACUGUCCAGGCAAAGACGGUGGAGGAGAAGAAGCUGUGGGCUCAUCACAUCAAACGGAUCAUUCUGGAAAACCACCAGGCCAUCAUCCCACAGAAGGCUAAAGAGGCGAUCCUGAAGAUGGAUUCUGUCGACCCUUGCCGGUAUCGUUACAGUCCCGAGCGUCUGAAGAAGUCUCAUUCCUCUCAGUCUGAUGAGUUUCUCCGAGACGCUCGUCAGGGCCGCAGACAUCCUGAAAAAAUCCUGAAGAGCAACAGAGCAUCUCUGGAGCACUCGGACAGUGAGGUCACGUUACCGGACAACGAGCGCUCGCUGCAGCCCGCCAGCAGCAGCAGCACGCUGGGAUCUGAUGUCGAAUGUGUCACCCACGAGGAGGACCAGGAGGAGGAGGGGGAAGAGGAGCUCCACAGCAGGAAAGACUCAGUGAUCUGUAGUGAAGAAGAGGAGGAGGAAGAGGCAAGGCGGUUGGAUAAAUUUCUGCUGGAGGCCGAGCAGGUAGACGACUUCACCAGCUCUGUGCUGGCUGCCAUCUCCUGCUGGCAGUACUCGGUCCAGGCCUUUCUUUCCUCCGCGGGGACGGAGGCAGAGAGACACAGCCUGUCCUCAAACAAAGAAAAUGGACGACAUUUUGAAGAUGAUAAGCCAAGUGGAACCGAAUCAACACCUGAGCAGGAAUCUGCAGAUGAGCUAAGACAGAAGACAUCCCAACAGACUAAAGACUCUGAACAAGAAUUGUCCUCUGAUUUUGGGCCUUCCAGGAUCUCAGAGUCUCUGCCUAAGUUGGAUGAUCUAAAACCAGAACCAUCCUCUGCCACACCUGAUUCAGAUUCAAAGACCCUGAGCAGUGGAGAGUCCUCCGAGGAUGAGGACGACAACCGGGAAGCAACGGAGGUGGAGAGUGUCUCUCCCAGCAUCCUCCCAUCCUCGGUCCUGGACAAAGCCAGCGCCAUCGCUCAGCACUUCACCAGCAGCAUCAAACGAGCCAGCCAAAGUCAGGACGAUGCCCGUUCCCUUGGCUGUUCGUCGCCACGAUUACCAAGCAGGACCGGUAGCAGCCUCAGUCUCAGUGCAGAAUCCGCCGACCGACCACCGCGGCUCAACAGUAUCUCUUCAGAUCCUCCAGAGACCUUCACUGGGACGGACCUGACCCUGAUAUCUCCUCGGGACGACAGCCUCUUUGAUCCAGACCGAAUCAUUCGGCGAAGACGGGACUCUACCCUGUCUAAGCAGGACCAGCUGCUUAUUGGAAAGAUCAAGACUUACUACGAGAACGCGGGGAAUCAGGACGCCACCUUCAGUCUCCAGCGGAGGGAGAGUCUGACGUACAUCCCGACUGGACUGGUCCGGAGCUCAGUCAGCCGCUUCAACAGCAUCCCGAAGGACAAGACCUCACCCCCUGAUCUGGACCCAGAUCUGUCUGCAAAUACCGGUGGCCGCAUGGUCUCCAGUCACUCUCUGGACUCUCUGAAGUCAGAUCCUGGAGACCGCCCCAGGUCCAGGUCUCACAGCAUUCAUGACGGUCUAUAUAAGGACGAGGAGUUUAGACCUUCCUCUGAUAUGAUCAAGGUGUGGCAGGCGAUGGAGCGACAGAUCAGUCAAAGCAAUGCAAAGUUCUCCAGAGCACCCGGCGGCAGCUUCUCUGACCCAGAUGGUGGAGCGCGGGACCUAAGCACCAUCACAGAGGACACCACAAGUCCUUCACCCCUCAGAACCCAAACCUCGGGUCUGAGCCGGACAGGAAGUCUGAAAAACUCCCUGAGAGUGUUUGGAGAGGAGGCUGUGGUCCUCACAGCCACAAUACCACGAGUCGCCCAGCUGAGGGCCGAGGCAGACAGGGGGAGAACCAUCGAUGUCUCAGACCAGCUGGACCAAGUGGACAAGGAGACCAGUAUAGUCCGCCAUCUGGCCCGCCAGUAUAGCCAGCGGAUCAAAACCAGUAAACCUGUGGUCCGACAGCGAAGUCAGGCAUCCCUGACCAGUAAGAAGAGCCUGGCCUGUGUGUUGGAGGAGAAGGAGAGUUCAGGUAAACUCGGCCUGACUUUGCCACUGCUUCCUGAAAACCAGACCACUACUAGACCUCUGAGCCCUGCAGACCCAGCCUGGUCUCCAGGCGCUGGUCUUAGCUCUGUGGACAGCUCCAGGGGCGUCUCCCCGGGUCAGUCUCUGUCCCGCAGCCCCAUUAGUCCUCCUCCUGUCGAAGGCUUUCACUGGCCCGAUGUCCGGGAGCUCCGCUCCAAGUACUCAGAACGGAGCCAGUCCCUGAAGAGCCCAAAAAGCGGCUACAUCCCGACGCAGAUGUUUGACGGGGGUCUGAGGAGGCAUUCCAGCGGCUCCUCCAGCCUCCUUCCUGAUGGAACCUCCUCCAGACGUCCUUCACACAAACCUCGUGGCAGCCAGGAUGGCAGUCUAGAUGAACGCAGCAAACGUCUGCACAGAACGAAUUCCCUGGACCCCCGACUGAGCGCGGCCCAGAUGAGUGAGCUGGAGAUGCUCCAGGACCGGGCUGCUCAGGGCAGCUACAGCGGUUACUAUGUGGCAGCUGAGGCGCCGCGAUCAAACGACCCUAAACACAAGAUCAUCGUCAUGGAGAAGCUUCCAGAACCAGAAAAAUCAUCCAGAAAGCCCAGAGAGGAGGAGGAUGAUGGCUACGUCCAGAUCCGUUCACCCACCAGCAGGGAGAAGAUCUCCAUCAUGGCCGUCAUUGACCGCUGCAGGGCCUAUCAGGACUCGGACGAGUAUAAACAACGCGAGGAAGCAAAACCCAAACCCGAACCCGCGAGGCCUCAGGAGGUGGAUCACAUUGAGCAGGAUGAGUCCCAGAAAACUAGAUGGGUCCCUAGACAGAGGACAGAGACUGGCCAGAACAACAUGGUGAAGAACCUGAGAGAGAAGUUUCAGAACCGCAGCUGAAGACUUCGGCUCAGAACUCUGACUGAUACCAGAACUGGUUCAGAACACCAAUUCCCAACCUUCAAGUCUGACGUCUUCAGGUCGAGGAGAGCAGAUAAUUUCCUCUGACUGUGAGAAGGUUCUUCUAUGUUUUUGGAUUGUGAGACAUAAAAACAACUAGAAAUGUGUCCAAUUAAGAUUUUUCCUGUGGUUCUGAAAUUCCUAAAUCUGUGGGGAUUUUACUGGAUUUCAAACAUUUAAACCUGUAAAAACUCUGAAGUUCAGGGUUUGGUCUGGUUGUUUCUGAAGUCGACAGAAUUGAGAACCUUCAAAACUAAGAAAACAUUGCAGAGAUGAUAAAAUGUUCAAAUCCUGAGAAAAGUUUCAGCAUCUGAGAAAACAUUUCAGAUUUGAGGAAAUAUUUAGAUACAAAAAACUUAUCAGAAUUGGAAAAAUGUUUAAGAUUCUAUGUUUAAGAUAAGAUGCAAGAAAACGUCCAAGAUUCAAGAAAAAUGUUUAGGAUUAGAGAAAAGUCGAGAAAAUAUUUAAAAACUGAGAAACUGUUUCAGAGCGUGGAGUUUCAGUCGUGUCCAAAAUUUACAGAUGAGCUAGAUUUGGGGUUUGCUGUGCUCCGGUGGUUCUGGUUCUGGUUGUAAACGGUUCUCGCUCUGCAGACGGACGUUGUGUUGAGAACCAAACCAGCGUCAUCAGGACCAAACAGCUGAUUUCACUUAGACUGACGUUUAUUUGAACUCUGUGAACUAAUCAGUGAAAUAUUUAUGGAUUUAUUUCCAGCAGAGUUAAAGACAAGAUCAUUUCAUGGUUCUGUAAAAUUCUGACAUUCAGAGCCGAUUAAUUUGUUUUUUUUGUGCCUUUUCGUAAUUUAAACUUUAUUUAAACUUUUUAUUUUAUCCUGAUGAGUUUUGUUCUCUGUACACAGUGGACAGAUUUUAGCUUCUUGCUCAGAGGCACGUGGGCAGGUUUGAGCAUGUGACUUCCUGUUGGUCCACCUGCACAUCCUCUUCCUCACUUAGUCGACCACUGAAGCUGUCGGGCUGCUUCCCCCUCCUCAUAUUUAUUGGAUCUCAUGUAAAUAUGUAUGUGUGUGAAUGGACGUGUUUGACCUCAGAAGCUUUCAGAUUAAAAUCAGAGAAACCUGUGUGUGUGUGUGUGUGUGUGUGUGUGUGUGUGUGUGUGUGUGUGUGUGUGUGUGUGUGUGUGUGUGUGUGUGUGUGUGUGUUGAUGAAUGACGAUGAUGCCAACAACACAAAUAUCUCAAUAAUGAAUAAUAAACAGUGGAAAACUCAGUUUCCUUGUGU